AAGAGUGGAUUAUUCAGACAUCAAGUUUGACAGUCAUGAAACUUCAAGAAUUUGCAGUUUUAUUUCUUCUAAUCAUUUGCACCAAAAUAAAAAUUUGCCGACUUCAAGGAUUAGCUGUAGUGAGUGAAAUUACACACUUGUCGAGCAAGGAUGGAGACAAACAUUCUGAUGAAGACGACCAACUUGUUCCUGUGGUACAUGUUAAAGAUGCACCAAGUUCGAAUGAAAACUAUUCAUCUAUUCAUGGAAUUGCAAAAAAAGUCUCUCAUUCAAGAGGAAUAUUCAUUGAUAAAAAUCCUAACGAGCCUAGUGAAGGAGUGAAACUAAGGAGAUCCAUCAGCAGAAAACUGGCAAUUAGCUCAUAUUCAGAUGUUGUACAGGACCUUUUGCAUUCUUUCCAAGAAGACACUAGCAAUAAACUCUCAAUCCUAAAGCAAAUUGAAUACUUAGUGCAUGAAUAUGAUGUUGCUGUACAUUUUGCCAAAAUCGGUGGCAUAAAAGCAGUAUUACCUUAUUUACUAUCGUCAGAGGAGGAAUUAGUAUCAGCUGCUGCUUUAUUGCUAGGAACAGCUUUGCAAAGUAACAGAGAAGUCCAAAAACAUGCUGUGGAUCAAAAGGUGGGAGGCAGUCUCCUUGAGUGUUUAAAGUCUAAAAAAAAUAAUACAUUUUCUCACAUCUUGUUUGCAUUGUCGGCAUAUCUUCGUAAUAUGCCAGAAGCACAGGAGAGUUUUUAUCAGAAUGAUGGAAUUAUUAAUUUCACUAGCUUAUUACGAAGUUCAACCGUUGCCAUAAAAGCUAAAAUGAGAAUUGUUGAUUUGUUGCAUGAUUUGUCAAUUGAGCAUCAAAUAAGUGAAAGUGAUGUGAGCUCACAGGAUUUCCAAAGACUUCAAAAUCUGAAAGUGAUAUUAGAGAACCAAAUUAAAAGAUCAAAGAUCUGCGAAGAAGUCCCUCAUCUUUUGAAAAUAAAUAACUAUGAGGUUCAUCAAAAAGUUAUUGCUGCUAUGAGAGCGGUUAGACCUAUUUGCCAUCAAGUCUUUAAGGACACAGAAAUUCUUCGCACUAUCCAACAUUUAUUUUCCUAUUAUACAGGUGAACUUGUAGAACUUUCAAAUUCUCAAACAGUCAGUACUAUUCCAGUUGACGAUGAUUUAAAGCAGUCAUUGAGUGGUGAAAUAAAAUUAUUAUUAAAUGAUAUUUCUGAGUUUGAAAAAUCUGAAAUAAAUAAAAAAGAAGAACUUUAACUUUUUGCUUUUUGGGAUAUACAUAUUUAUUAUGAUCACAAGCAAAUUCAAAGAGCUUAUAAAACUUUCACCUUUGUAGUUAUGUAUGAAUGAAUUACCAUUCCAAUUUGUCCUUGUUAUUUUUAGUGGUUCAU